UUCAUUCUUGGAACGAUGGUUGCUGCUUUCAUAUCGUUUCGUUUGUGGCUGUUUUCAUGCCUGGCUCUGGUUUCCUUGGCCAUGGCUCAACAGCCUCACCAUUUCAUUUAUAAUCAUGGCUUCCGACAUGCUAAUCUCCAUCGUGAUGGGAGUGCCGAAAUCCGCUCCAAUGGUCUAUUGCGGCUAACCACUUCUUCUGUAAUGCAAAUUGGCCAUGCUUUCUACCCUUCUCCUAUAAACUUCAACACUUCUUCUUCUUCUUCAACUUCACUUCCAUCUCUUUCCUUCUCCACCAACUUCGUGCUUGCCAUCGUCCCUGGUCCACGAGAUGCUACUGGCCAUGGCAUUGCCUUUGUCAUCUCCCAAUCUACGGAUUUCAGCCAUGCUGCUCCAAUCCAAUAUCUAGGACUGGUUGAUGAGUCAACCAAUGGGAAUUCCUCCAACCACUUCUUUGCGGUCGAGUUUGAUACCAUCAACAGCAUUGACAUGGGUGAUAUAGAUGACAAUCAUGUAGGAAUCGAUUUGAAUGGCGUGAAAUCGAACAAGCAAGUUACAGCACGAUAUUUUUCCAAUGAAGAAAGGAGGAAUAUAAGCUUGAACCUCAAAAGUGGACAUCCUAUUCAGGUGUGGAUAGACUACAAUGGCCAUCAACAACUACUCAAUGUAACUUUGGCACCAGACAACGUCCCGAAACCGAACCCGCCUCUCUUGUCGACAUCAAUCGAUCUUUCUGAUAUCCUAAUGGAUACCAUGUAUGUUGGUUUCUCUGCUGCAACGGGUUCAAUUCAAAGCACCAGCAGUAGCCAUUAUAUUCUGGGAUGGAGCUUCAACAGAAGUGGAGAAGCACAAAGCCUUGAGGUGUCCGAGAUGCCGAAGCUUCCCAAAAAUGGUGGACGAAGCAAUACGGUUCGAUUGAUUUCAAUCAUCGCGGCUGUUUUGUUGCUGUUAGUAAUCAUUGGAGCAACGUAUGUUUACAGGAGGAAAAAAUAUGAGGAAGUGCAUGAAGAUUGGGAAAAGGAAUAUGGACCUCAUAGGUUCUCCUACAAGACACUGUAUAUAGCAACCAAAGGCUUCAAAGACAAGCAACUUCUUGGAUUCGGAGGUUUCGGGAAAGUUUAUAAAGGUACACUUCCUUAUACAAAUGAAGGAAUUGCAGUGAAGAAAGUAUCACAUGAAUCAAAUCAAGGGAUGAAGGAGUUUGUGUCAGAGAUUGUUAGCAUGGGAAAGCUAAGGCAUAAGAAAUUGGUGCCGCUUCUCGGCUACUGCAGGCGUAAGAAAGAGCUCCUUUUGGUCUAUGAGCAUAUGAAAAAUGGCAGCCUAGACAAGUUCCUUUUCAGCGUUCACAAACCGACCCUUAAUUGGUUUCAGAGGUUUCAAAUCAUCAAAGGGGUGGCAUCGGCUCUUCUUUAUCUCCAUGAAGAAGGGGAACAAGUUGUUCUUCAUCGAGACAUAAAAGCCAGUAAUGUUCUUUUAGAUUCCGAUCUAAACGGUCGGCUUGGAGAUUUCGGUCUUGCCAGAUUGUAUGAUCGCAAUGGUGAUCCGCAAACAACUCGUCUAGUAGGAACUUUAGGAUAUAUGGAUCCCGAACUCACCCGAAUCGGAAGGGCUACUAAAGCAGCCGAUGUGUUUUCUUUCGGGGCAUUUAUGCUAGAGGUGGCUUGCGGGAGGAAGCCAUUUGAUCCUAAUAAGCCACCGGAAGACCUUUUUCUAGUUGAUGUAGUCAAUAGGUCCUUUAAAAGAGACGCCAUUGUUGAUGCUGUUGAUCCAAGGUUACACGGCAAUUACGUGGUGGAGGAGAUGGAGAGAGUUGUGAAACUAGGCAUGCUUUGUUCCAACACCAAAUCAGAUUUGAGACCCACCAUUAAACAAGUGGUUCAGUAUCUCGAAGGAGAUGCUACGUUGCCUGUUAUACCACUGGAUAGUAUACCCCAAAACAUAUCAUCUUCUAUCCUUGAAAUCGUACCUCAAAAUACAGAAAUUAACAUAUCCACAGCAAAUAACUUAGCAUCUGAUAGUGUAUUUUCGUUUUCUUCAUCAGUAGGAAAGGGUCUUUCUCUGAAUUCCUUGUCCAGUACAGAUUCAGUUCUUCAUAUAGGUCGCUGAGGUGUUUUAAUGUAAAUGUUUGUACAUAAUCAUAAUUUGUUCUUCUUCUUUUUCAAUUUUCGUAGCUGAUUUG